AUGGGCACCAAGGGGCCAAAUGGCACCCCCACUCAUACCAUUCUUGGUGCUAUUUCGGCAGGUGGUGUUAUAAAUUUGAGUAUACGUAUUCCAAGACAGCCACCAAAAGUGAGAAAAAUUCAAGGUGGUAAGAAGGGGAAGAAUUCUGAAGCGGUCGUUCCUGUUAAUGAGCCUAAAGAAGGAACUACCACCGAGCACUAUUUAAGAUUCUUGACAGAAAC